AACGUUUGAUAUGCCAUUCUUCUUGUAGGUUUGCUGUCAAGGAAUGCAACUCGUACUCUAUUGACACAGUGAUCACAGACAAGCUGCGGUAUGUCCUCCAGCCAGUGUUGUUUGAGAGGGCCGUUCGCAGUAACAGUUGUAAUGAUGUUCAAACAAUGUGUGUGAAAGAGAUGACCCAGAACGUGAGCAGCUGAUUCCUGGGAAAAGGGCUGGGUGCCAAAUCAUGACUUCUACCAUAUCUAAUGCCCUGAAGGUAUCGCAAUGCAUCAGAUUUCCUCCAUUAUCAGAAAAUAGGAAGACUGAAGAAUUCAUUAAUGUGCUGGCUGAUUUGCUGCAUAGCUUUUACAAAGCAGAACCACGGGGCAACCAACAGUCACUCAUAGAUGUAUCAUGUGUGGGAGCACAAAUUGGUCCCAAUGACCGUGGUGUCAGUAAAGAGCAUGGAUUCCUUGAUGUCCUUUUGAAAACUGAACUGACUUCUUCAGGCUCUGAGAAAGUACUGUUGAUAUGUUUGAGAGCAACCAAGUGGGUGUGGAUAGCUGUGGAUAGUGGAUUGCAACAGAGUAGUGCUGAUUUUGUGGAGGAGGGAAUUUCAUUUUGUCAUAUCAAGUCCUUUUGGCUGCUCUUUAGCACACUGUGCAGUUGUGAAGCAGUUAAUCCCUUGGCCUCCAUUGUGUUGAUUAAGCUGGACAAGUUUAGAUAUCAAAAUAUGCCCCAUGGCAGCUACAAUGAGGUGGUCCAAAUUACCAUGCAUGGUCCAUAUUAGAUCAUUUGACGGUAGUCUCUUCUCUGCAACACCUUCCAGGCCAAUUAGUACAACGGAUAAGCCUCCUCGGUAUUAUGCAGUGGUACAGUUGUAUCUGGGACAGUGAAUGUUAUUUAGGUGUUGCGUCAAAAGUCCUUGACGUUCCAGACAGAUCAGGAUCAGAAAGUCUGAUGGGAUUUUAUGAGUCUUAAAAAUUAAUGAUUAAUA